AUGGGUGCCAACAGCCAGAGCGGUGGCGAGAAAGGGCGCUCCCUCCAAGAAGCGUGCCAUCGAGGAGUCCCCUCUGGCAUCAAGGGCAUGCUCGAGAACAAAGCCGAUGAGGAUCAAUUUGAGAAGAAGUUCACUUCUGUCUUUGACAAGGUGCAGGAGCAGGGCCGCCAGAUCGCUGCCAUCCUGGAGUGGACUCGUGAUCUCCGCUGA